AUGAUCAACAUUAGAAGAUUAUUAAAUAAUAGAAAUACUACUAAACUAUGUAGUAUUCAAUCUACUUUUAAAAGUAGUAACUAUAGUCGAUCAUUUACAACUAUUUACAAAUACCAAUCUUCAUCAUCUCUAUCAUCAUAUGAAACAUCUCUAUCAUCUUCACUAAUCAAUAAUAAUAAUAAUAAUAAGAAUAGAUAUUAUUCAACUGAAAUCAACAAUAAUAACGAUAAUAAGGAUAAUCAAAAACAACAACAACAAGAAGAACAAGAAGAAUCUGAAGAAGUUCAUGGUAUUGAUAAUGUAAAAGAGAUCAUUUUAGAGAAAGCAUUAAAGAACGUAUCAUUGUAUGGAUGGAGUGAUACAUCAAUAUCGAUGGCAUGUACUGAACUUGGUUACUCUAAUAUUACACAUGGUCUAUUUGAAAAUGGAGGAUAUGAUUUGGCUUACUACUUUGUCACUCGAUGCAACAAUCAACUCAAGGAGAAAUUGUCAUCAGACAUUUUGAUGGGCCUUACACCAAGAGAACGUAUCAAAAUGGUGAUCAAGAUUCGUUUGUCAAUGCUCAUUCCAUACAUUCAUCGUUGGUCUGAAGCCAUGCAAUUAUUGGCUCAUCCAAAGAACCUAAUCAAUAGUGCACCAUCAAUGGCCAACCUUGUAGAUGAGGUUUGGCAUCUUGUUGAUGAUCGUUCAUCUGAUUUUGAAUGGUAUUCAAAGAGAGCAUUAUUGGCAGCAUUGUAUACAUCAUCGGAAUUAUUUAUGAUUACAGAUACAUCACCAGAAUAUAAAAAUACUUGGAGAUUUGUUGAUGAUCGUGUUGAUGAUUUAAUAUCCAUUAUCAAAUUUAAAAGAGAUGUUGGUGAAUCACUCUCAAUGACGACUGGUGUUGUUAUGAAUAUGAUCAACAAUACAUUCAACAAAAAAUAA